GGCCAACAAAAUAAAUCACUAGAGGGCAACCAUUUUUUAUUAAGAGUUUAGUCAUUCUCUCUUAACGUUUAAAAAUUGGUGCGAGUUAGUAGCUCAUUUUCUCUUCCCACGUUACAACGUUUAAAAAUCGUAUAUAUUGCACAGCACUAUAUACUAAUCUGAUGUAUAUGGUCCUUAGACCAAAUCUCGGUCUUCAUAGAAGUCUCUUUCCCGAAAACCGAUGUGUUUGAGUGAUUUGCUUUAAAUCUCCAUGGGAUAAUGCAAAUACAUCAUGAGCUGCACAUUCUCCGGCUAGUUCUUUGCUUUUUUACUUCAUAUAUAUUUAGAUCCACGUACAAAUCUAAGAAUAAUAUAUGUUACUAGAAGUAUUUUAUUCACAGUUAUUUAGGUUAGAUUUCGAAUAUAUCAACUAUAUAUAAUAAUAACCAUACGAAGUAUCUUAAUAUAUAAUUAUGGAAUAUGAUGAUAUAGCUAGUUGUCCCACUUUCAAAAAUCAUUGGUUGAGUUUCAUUAUUGAGUACUACGUACAUCUGAAUAUGAUUUGUUUGUUUUGUCGCAAAUACAGUAUGUUUCCGCUUGUUUCAAUUUUUUUUUAAAUAAAAAAUAAAUAUAUAGAAUGACUUCAGUAUAUGUAUUUAUGAUGAUAAGCAAAUAUAUAAUUUCAGCAUAGAUUUUUCUGUGUAUAAUCAUGGUUUGUUUUGCCAAAAAUUAAUAAGUAUAGUAUAUGAAUUUGUUAUUUAUGUGUAAAAUUCAUAUUUGUAUAUGAAUUUAUUAUUUAUGUGUAAAAUUCAUAUUUCUGUCAGAUUGAAUCAGAAUAAUACAAGGGAAACUAGAGUAUCUGCCCACUCCCUCUAGUACGAUAUGAAGGUGAUCACUUUGAAAAAGAUCGGUCCCAUAAGGAAGAAACAAGACAUAGCGAUGAGCAUGGGUCCCUGGUGGUGACAACUCAACGGACCAUUGAGACAUAAAAUAGAAAUUACAAUACAAAGAUGAUGAGUGUGCGUGGGAAUCCGACGUAGAACAUCAUCUUUCAUCGAUCAUCGUACGGUCAUUGUUCAUCUUAAAUCAAAUAGUAGGAUCGAUUUCACAUUAUUGAUAACGAUUGCAACUCAUCAUCAUCAUAUAUAUUUGACCGCUAAAAUAAUUUGACCAAUCCACUAUCGUGGAGUAACUUAACGAGAACUCAAAACACAAGUUGAAGAGAUAAUUAAAAAGCGUAAGAAUUUAUUAUUGACUUUCCUCAAAUUAAUUUUCAAUUUAUCAUCUCUUGUUACACUGUAUAAUUGUAUAAAAAUAAAAAAAUCAUAUGAACAGAGUUUUAUAAAUAUAAUUAUGCAGUUUAAGAAAGGAUAAUUAAAAAAAGCUUAAGAAUUUAUUAUUGACUUUCCUCAAAUUUUGAAUUAUCAUCUCUUGUUAUACUGUACACAAGAUUUAAAAAAUGGAAAAACACCACUAUAAAAAUGAAAAAUCAUAUGAACAGAGUUAUAAGUAUAACUUGUAGUUUAAGAUUUUUUUUUUGUGUUUAGGUUUACGCGAAACAUUUCAGUGAGAUCCAAAACACUUCAAUGGACAGUAAGAUAUGAUUUAUGUAUACAUAAUAUAUAAAUCAUAAACGGCGGCUUUAUGGUCUCCAAGUCACGUUCCGAAUUGGUUCACAUUAUUCUUUCAUAGCAUUGUUUAAUUUAUCAAUAACAGUAUUAAUAAAAUCUCAGAAUAUUAUACUCCAUAAAAUAAAUAAUAUAUGAUCGAGGCCACGACAAUUGUGUCUCUCUCAUCCCACAUUCUCGUGUAUAUAUACAUAUGCUUGGCUUUUCCUUCUCUUUCACUUUAAUUUUCUACUCAUAUCCAUCAUUCCCUCUAGUCUCAAGAAAAAAAUCUCCAUCUCCUACAUACAACACUCACUUGGAUCUAAUAAUCUUCAAGGAGCUUCUCAGAUUUAGCUCUUAUGGAUCAUUUGUUACAACACCAGGAUGUCUUCAGCAAUUACAACAAAGCACGAGAUGCCAUGGGAGUAUCAAGUUCACCAAACCCAACCGAAGUAGAUCACAAUCAGAAAAAACCAUCUCCCGCGACUGGGGCGGCGAAGCCACAGCCACCCGAUCUAGCCCUGAGAUGUCCACGUUGCGACUCAACGAACACAAAGUUUUGCUACUACAACAACUACAGCCUCUCUCAGCCUCGCUACUUCUGCAAAUCAUGCCGGAGAUAUUGGACCAAAGGUGGGACACUAAGAAACAUUCCCGUCGGAGGCGGCUGUCGAAAAAACAAACGGUCCACAUCUUCGGCGACAAGAAGCCUCAGAACCACUCCAGAACCAGCGUUCUCGGCGGCGAGUUUCGGUGGGUUUGGUAACAAUGAACACACUGAUCUCAGCUUAGCAUUUGCCCUGCUGAACAAGCAACCUCAGGGGAGUUCUUCGCAUCUAGGGUUUCCUUCAGCAUUCGGUAACUCUAGCUCUCAUCAGUCUGACAUGGAGAGUGUGUUUGGAACAAGCCAGAAAAAUGAGAACGCUGGUUAUGCGUUUGGAAACGGGAGCAGCGGUUUGGAUAUGGCCAUGAGUGAUCCAAACAAGGUCUUAUGGGGGUUUCCAUGGCAGAUGAAUGGAGAGGGCUUUGGGAUGAUGAGCAUGGGAGGAGGAGGAGGUGGUCACGUAGAUCAAGUUGAUUCAGGAAGAGAGCUUUGGACCAAUAUGAACUAUAUUAACUCUGGUGCUUUAAUGUAGUUCAGAUUAAAACCUUAAUUUUAUUUGGUGUUUAAUUUAGGGUUUGGAGUUAAUAUUUAAUGGGAAAAAAAGA